AGCAACAGCAAAAUGAAUGGAUUUGAGGGUGACAACUACUACAUACCUAUGUCCAACCGGACAGGGUUGGUGAGGAAUCCUUUUGAAUACGAGCAGUACUACCUCGGGGAUCCUUGGCAAUACAAGUUUCUUGCUUUCUACAUGUUCUGCCUCAUCUGCACUGGCUUCCCCAUCAAUGGCAUGACUCUUCUGGUCACAGCGCUGCACAAGAAACUUCGACAACCUCUUAACUAUAUUCUGGUUAACCUCGCUGUGGCUGGUAUGAUCAUGGUACUCUUUGGUUUCACGAUUACCAUCACUUCUGCAGUAAAUGGCUAUUUCUAUUUUGGACCCAUGGGCUGUGCUGUGGAGGGCUUCAUGGCAACCCUAGGAGGUGAAGUAGCUCUUUGGUCACUGGUGGUUCUUGCUGUCGAAAGAUACAUUGUUGUGUGCAAGCCUAUGGGAAGCUUCAAAUUCUCUGACACUCAUGCCCUGGCGGGAAUAGCAUUCACCUGGGUCAUGGCUAUGUCCUGUGCGGCCCCCCCACUGGUUGGCUGGUCAAGGUACAUCCCUGAGGGCCUGCAGUGCUCCUGUGGACCAGACUACUACACCUUGAACGAAAAGUACAACAAUGAGUCAUAUGUCAUCUACAUGUUUGUUGUUCACUUCUUCCUCCCUGUCAUUGUCAUCGUCUUCACUUAUGGCAGCCUCGUGUGCACAGUCAAGGCGGCUGCAGCAGCGCAACAGGAAUCAGCUUCCACACAGAAGGCUGAGAGGGAGGUGACACGGAUGUGCGUCCUGAUGGUGGUUGGCUUCCUGGUAGCUUGGACACCUUAUGCCACUGUGGCAGCCUGGAUCUUUUUCAAUAAGGGAGCUCCUUUCACUGCCCAGUUCAUGGCCAUCCCUGCCUUCUUCUCCAAGAGCUCAUCAAUAUUCAACCCUUGCAUCUAUGUACUUUUGAACAAGCAGUUCCGAAGCUGCAUGCUCUCUACCGUCUUUGGGAAAGCUAUGGAGGAUGAGACCUCUGUUUCGACCAGCAAGACAGAAGUAUCCAGUGUGGGCCCAGCAUAA